CGUAUUUGCAUCCGAAGAUAUGUUAUAAAAUUAUGUUGGUACACUUUUUGAAAAAGUUCUCUCCCCCUCUUUUCCCUUGCCCUUUUCUUCCCUCCCAAACACUCAUCACUCAUAUAAACAGAGAUACAGCCGAAGAGAAAAAAGCAUGGAAACGGCGAGAAAACAGCGAAGGAUCAAAUGUCGGACCUCGAUUCACGCAUCGAAUCGUUCCGCUCCGCCCUCCAAUCGGACGACGAACGGGAAAACGUAAAGACGCCGUCGGUACCGAAUUUGCCGCCGCCCCCGGGGUUGACGAAGGAGGGAGGCUUUGGCGGCGGUAAGGAGGCGGCGGUGUUAGGGCGGAGGUUGAGGAGGAGGAGGAGGAGGGAGGUGAUGGUGAAAAGGGCGGAGUUAGGGUUUAGGGUUUGCGAGGUGAUUCUGUGCUUGGUUUCGUUCUGUGUCAUGAUGUCUGAUAAGUCUCGAGGAUGGGCUGGAGACUCCUACUAUAGAUACACGGAAUUCAGGUAUUGCGUAGCCAUGACUUUAAUUGGCUUUGCAUAUUCAGGGUUUCAAGCAAGCAAUCUAACCUACAAUUUGAUAACUGGGAAUCAUGUUAUCUUUCACCACCUCCGUUAUCACUUCAAUUUUGCCAUGGAUCAGAUUCUGGCAUAUCUUCUUAUAUCGGCAUCAUCAUCAGCAGCCACCAGGAUAGACGAUUGGGUAUCAAACUGGGGCAAAGACAAGUUCACAUAUAUGGCUACCCUGUCCGUAGCGAUGUCCUUGCUUGCUUUUGCUGCCUUGGCGCUCAGCACUCUCAUUUCUGGGUACAACCUCAUCACCAUUGCCUGAUUGCUCUCAAUCAUCACUCUCUGUUAUCAGUUUAAAGGUCCUCAAUGAAUGAUCAGGCAGAAUCCGGACGGAAAUUGUUGGUGGCGGAGAGAAUUUCGAUAGGUCUGGAUGUCGGGGUGUUUGGAUCCACAACUUUGGCCUAUGUUCAAUUUGUAAGAAAAAGCAAGAUAGGGAUCAGUUGUAAAAAUUCAGAGUAAUGUCGAUAUUAUUCGAUAUAGCCAGUAUAUUUUGCCCACAUGGUAGUUCCAUAAACAGUUGUAACAAUUGCGGUAUCAAUGUAUAGAGAAGCCAUUAAAAUUGCCUCUCUAGCUAGCCCAAACCCAUCCAACAAUAAGAUGUUCGCGUGAUGUUCAAAGUUUGGACUGCAUGACAGAUAAA